AUGUUCUGUCGAGAAGGCCGCGGAGGCUCUCUUUGCAGGCUCAAGUGGCUCAGAACUGUCGGAUUGGUCGCGGCCGUGGCACCCGUCACAUGGCUCUUUGUGCUGCUGGAAAAGGAGGAAGUGCAGGCUGCAGCUGAUUGCAGGCAAGCCACUCUGGCCUUCUCGGACCGGCGGCUGCAAUCACUUUCGUCCUCCAUGCUGAAGGGGCUCACCUCGCUCCCAUGUGGAGUGGUCGAUGAAGGGGUCUGCGAAGACGCCAAGGUGGAGCUUGUGUGGCCGGAGGAGGCUUCAGAAGACCUCCGAAGGCGGAAAAGGAAGCGAAAACCAGUGAAACUCAUCCUCACGCUCGGAUCACUGCGUCGGACGACGCUGGCUGCUCCCCGAAAGCAUCUGUUGUUGGCCACUCCACGUCCACAGCAGCUUGAGCGCAUAUUGCCACAAGUUGCUCAAAUGGGGGUCGCUACGUUGCUUUUGUGUGGUGCCUCCAAAGUGGACCCGAAGUAUUUCAGGAGCCAUAUCCUUCAAAUGCCCUUCCUGAAGAGAUGCUUGGCCAAGGGAUUGGCGGCAGCACGGGACACAACCAUGCCAAAAGUGAUAGUCCAUCCAAACCUGCAGGAAUUACUGUCGCAACUUGACCACUUUCUGCCGCGCGACAAGGCUUUCCGCUUGGUGGGGCAUCCAAGUGGCGCAAAGCUACCUGAGCUGAGCACUGGUGACACCCUGACACAGGGGCGACGCGAGGCACUAGUUGCAGUCGGGCCAGAAGCCGGCUGGAGUGAAGAUGAGCCGUCCGAGUUGGACAUGCUGUCAUCUUCUGGCUUCCAGAGCAUGUCGCUUGGACAAAGAAUCCUGCGAUCAGACGUGGCGACCACGACACUGCUGGCCCUUGCCGAGCAGAUGCUGGCAUGA